AGUUCCGGGCCUCGCUCCCUCCGCAGUGGUGAAGUGAUCAGAGACUUUCCCGAAAUUACGUCACGGCAUUUCCCCGUCACUAUUGCGAAACCUGGAGAGUCACCUCAUGUAGUUGGAAUUUGUGAUAAAUGGAACAAAUCAGAAGCGCGAUCCCGUCAGUUGGGCGUCUAUGAGGUGGAUUUCAAGGCGUCUUCCUGGUUGGUUUUAGGUGUUUUGUGGAGAUCUAUAUUCCGAGGAUCGUUGAUACAGCACUUUGUCCUGUCCGGAGGUGGUGUUGGGCGCCGCGCACUGCGCCUGCUCCUUUUCUUCCCCAUUUUAUUUUUUUGUUCGAGACAAGAUGGCGGCGGGUGAGGGGAUUCUGAUCGGAGACAAGGUUUAUUCGGCCGUCUUCCUCACCAUCGACAACUCCCUCAUCCCCGAGGAGAAGCUCUCACCCACGCCGUCUAUGCAGGAUGGCCUGGACCUGGAGGUGGAGACUGACCUGCGGAUCCUGGGCUGUGAACUGAUCCAGUCGGCCGGGAUCCUGCUGCGUUUACCGCAGGUGGCCAUGGCGACAGCUCAGGUUCUCUUCCAGCGUUUCUUCUUCUCCAAGUCCUUCGUCAAACACAGUUUCGAGAUUGUUGCAAUGGCUUGUAUCAAUCUUGCAUCUAAAAUAGAAGAAGCACCUCGUCGUGUGAGAGAUGUGAUAAAUGUAUUCCACCAUUUGCGUCAGCUAAGAGGCAAAAGGACUCCAACACCACUGAUACUUGACCAAAACUACAUUAACACCAAAAACCAAGUGAUCAAAGCAGAAAGACGAGUACUAAAGGAAUUGGGAUUUUGCGUUCAUGUAAAGCAUCCACACAAGAUAAUCUUUAUGUAUCUUCAAGUGCUUGAGUGUGAAAGGAAUCAAACACUUGUGCAAACAGCUUGGGUAGUCCAUGAUGGUAAGUCAUAGAACUCAAAGAACUCUGCCCUCUGAACUGCUUCUCAACUUCAUGACCUAAGGAUGGCCUUUGAUUGGCUACCCCUUCAGCCAAUCCAGUGCAAGCUCUCAUCCGAGACAGCUAUUCACUGAAGUAGUCACAAAACAUCUGGCAACGUCUUCUAGUUCUGGCGGGGUUUUGAAGGAUUUGUAUUGACUUCUGGAUAUUCAUCACGUACUUUCAGUAAUUUAGAUUAUAUAUCUAAUGUUUCUAGUCUUGAGUAUUAGAAUGUGAAAUUUUAAAGCAUGUUGAAGGGAAGGACCUAAAUCACGUUAUAUGCUACAGCAUACUCAAAAUAUUUAACUGGUACAGAUAGAAAGAUUUGACCGCAUUCUUAUUACUGCUAGUUUUAAACUGUUUACAGGCUGCAAUCUAAACUUGAUUAGACCUUCCAACCAAGAAUUCUGGUUGUUUCCUAUAUGAAUGUAAAUUUAGCUCACUGCUUGAGCUAUGUCUGGGUGGAGGGGAAGCCCAUAUGGCUAGGGGAGUUUGACAAAUGAAAUUUCUAAUACAAUUGCUCCUAAUGUUUUUAAUUCAUCUGUCACCUUUUAAUUAUUUAACAUAGUUUGUAAGUUGAUAAAUUAUUUCUUCACUAGUUUCCUUGUCUGACAAAUGGGAGGUGCUAUCGAAGCUACUUGUCUUGCAUUCAACAAAAGAUAACAAAAUUUCAAAGGGAAUAGCCAUUUACACCGUGAGACAACAUAUGGCAUAUGUUGUAAAGUUGGCCUUAUCAAAACCUUCCAAAUGGAGAAUAAGCCAUUUGCUUACCAUGAUUAUGUGAUGUUGAAACUUGGAUGCUUUAAAACAGUCUUCGUUUAUCACAGUGAGAUAAUUGCUCACUGAGUAUCAUGCAAGUUAAUGACUGCGAUUCUGGCUGCUGUGUUUUAGACUUGUCAAGUCUACGUCAAAUUACUCUGUGCGGAUGAGAAACUUGAAGCAGGUGUAACUGACAGGUGAUGUUAGUCAUUUUACGUAAUAUCGAUAUGAGUGAUAUUCUCUAACAGCAUACUGCUGUCAAGUCAGAAAUGUUUUGCCUAGAACAAGGAAAAUUGAGUUUCGGUAUGAUGCCAGUUACAUGGAUCAGGUAUAUCAAUUACAGGUAGAUCGUAUCAAGCAGCGCACCCCUUCAGUAGACUAUUGACCAUACUCCACCAGCGUGUGCUUGCAAAACUGAAUAGUGUCCAACUUAAGAUGUGAUUAUCCAUUUGGGCAACACAUCAAUCCUAAGUGUGUCAAGAAUUGCACUAACAACCAAUUACAUAUUGAAUUCCACAAGCAAUAUGGCUCACCUAUAUUUGCUUGAAACUACAUAAGUUUAUAUGCAGGGUUUGACCAUCUGAAUGUAAACUAAGUGAUGAUUACAGUCCCCUGGUGCAUUCUACAGGGCAGUACCUCAACCAAUAGGUUCAUUUGCCAAUUGCUUAACAACCUAUUUGACAGUAUCAUAGAAUCCCUGCAGUGUGGAACAAGGCCAUUUGACCGUCUGAAUGGUACUCCUUCAAACCCAGUGCCCUGGUCUGUACCGACAAUGCUGCAUUUACCCAGUCCAGUCUUCCUAAUCUGCACUACUUUGGGCAGUCAGGGAACUAGAGCAACUGGCAAAAGCCCACGCAGGUGUGGUAAGCUUACAAACUCCAUUCAGACGGUCACCCAAGGCUGGAAUUGAACCUGAAUCCCUGGCACUGAGGCAGCACUACUAACCACUAAAACUUGUGCUACCCUUAAAUCGUUACUCCAGUUGGUAUUUUAUCUGUCCUGAUGUAUACAAAAUGAAAAGCUUUAUGGUCAUGACUUUCUGACAAAGAUCAUGUUCUGCGCAGCAAAGUGAUUAAUUCCCCCUACCCCCCCAAUUAUGUACAAUUUGCCCAGUAUUAGUGUUGAAUGUAGUAUAAAAAAUGUAUGCUGGUGAACAGCAUUCUCUCAAUCUUAACAGACCUUUUGUUUUUGCUGCUACACUUUCCUAAAUGGUAAUUCAGGUAAUAAAUUGUGAUUUAACCUUUCCCUUGGUAUGAUUGAUCCCAAUUGAUUGAAGGUGUAUUUUCAAUUAAUAAAGUUUUGCUUGAGGUCGCAAGUGUUGCCAUUAUGAUCAUUGUAAACAAUACAAAUUAAUUAAUAUUUAAAAGUUAAAUUUAAUAUUAUUACAAUAAUCUCAAUCCAUAAUUUAAGCUAAUCAAGCCAUGUCAACUUUCUGUAGGCAGAAUGCAUACUGCGGAUUUACAUUGCACCGAUGUAACAAACAAUACAUGUUCAGGUCACAGCCAUGAUCAAUGGUUAACAUGAGCAUUGAGUAGCAGGUAAAGUGGUAGUCUUAAAAGAAAACCUGUGCUUAGACAAUGUGAAAUGUAAGAAAUGGGCUUGUGCAGUAUAAGGCUAAACAUAGAUUGUGGGACAAAGUUGUGGACAUUGAAACAGAGAGCUUCCUGUCUGUGUUGUCAUAUCAGACCAAAGCUAGCAGUUGUCUUCUGCUUUUAAAAUGUUUAGAACAAGGCCUUUCAGUUCUGUAGCUGUGAUGUAGUCAGCAUCUUCAUCCCCUCUGCUUUUAUUGUAUACUCUGGGUAAUUGCAAUGACCGAAGCUUAUGGCCUAGUUUGUUAAAGCUGGUCACUUUACAAAUCUUGUUAUACCACAGUUUCUAAUGAAUACUUGCAAUAGAUCUGCUAGAUGAGUCUUGAUGGCGUUUUUAUCUUUUACAAUAGUACGCUUUUGGAGAUAAAGUGAAGGCCUUUCGAACUCUGUAGUC